AUGUGGAAUACUGAUAAUGAUACAACAUACUGUCUUUCUGAUAAUGAAUCUAAAGCCUUAAUGGAAAGAAUUCAAUUUUUUAUCACACCAAAUGGUGGUGAAGACACAUUCAACAUUAAAUUGUCACCAGCCUCUCCUAAAUAUAAUCACACAAGAAUGAAUCCUGAUUCAGCAAGAAAUGUAACUUGGAGACAGAAUUUAUGUUUUACACUUCCAUUUGGUCCAAUUUCAGAUUUAUUCUUCUCUCAGUUAACUCAAUCCAAACCAUCAUCUGUUAAACUUACAUCUAAGUAUUACUAUAUGGAAGGCAAAUCCUCUAAAGGUUUGAAACUUGACACAAAAGUGUACGUAUGGGAUGAAGAUAAUAUGCCAAGUUUAAAAUCUGAACAUUGGUUUUUGAAAAAGUGGAAUGGGAAGAAUGAUACGUUUCGAGCUAGAUGUAUUCAGUUUACUUUAACUUACAGGCCUCAACUCGACAUUAUUCGUGUCGAAUUUAAAUAUACAACUCAAAAGUGGAACAAUAUUCUACAAGCUUGGCAAGAUAUGUAA